UGCUCUCUAGAGAAGCGUCAAAUUUGCCGUCAAAACGCCAUUCUCACUCCAGUUGAAUAGGUGAGAAAUCUGAUCAGAAAAAAAGAAGAAGCAAACUGCGCGAGAUUUCGGUGGUUGGUUUUGGUGAAAAUUUUCAAAAAUACCUCUGGUAAUAACCAGUUUAGCAAGAAAAAUUGUUCUGCAGUGUACAGGCAUCCCACAAGCAUCACAGAGGUAGUACGCAGUUGUUAGCUGGGUCAGAAAAGUCUUUCCCUCUAGGUACAAAGCGAUGCCGUCUAAGAAGAAAAAGUACAAUGCACGAUUUCCGGCGGGAAGAAUCAAGAAGAUAAUGCAAACGGAUGAAGAAGUUGGAAAAGUGGCGCAAGCAGUCCCCGUUAUUAUACCUCGGACAUUGGAGCUUUUCGUUGAAUCUUUACUAACCAAAACUCUUCGCAUCACUAAUGCACGAAAUGCUAAAACGCUAUCACCAUCGCAUAUGAAACAGUGCAUCAUUUCUGAGAAUCGAUUCGAUUUUUUGCGUGAUUUGGUUAAAAACAUCCCGGAUAUCGGAGUGAAUGAGGAUCAACAUUCUGGGUCUGAGACUGGUUUUGGAAGUGAGACGACUAUUCCUCCGACAACCACAUCAUCGUCUACAUCGAAUGGUGGUAGUAAUGUUACUGCAAAUCCGUCCGCAAACGAGGCCGCCAGUAGUGCGACUUCUAGUGGACUGGCGAUACAAAGGGCGGAGUCUCACGCUACAGUCGGAAGUAACUAUGCAAGUGCUCUGCUAACUCAGUCAAAGCAGCCAAUCUUAGUUCAACAGCAACAACCACCGCAAACAAAUGCGAUGAAACGAACAUUGAAUCACACUAAUAGUUUAAAUUUCUACAAAGAAAUCUCGUUGGAGGACUCUGCUGGGAGAAGCAAUGUCAGAGAGCCACCACCGAAGUUAAGCAGGUUACACUCAGCACCGGCUGGAACAACAAUAACAGCAACGAAUUCGGCUCCCUUCAAAAUUAACAUAUUGCCCACGACCAAUGCUGCAGUUGCACCGACAGACGUGAACCAAACUUAUCCGCAACGACAGACUAUCGCAAACAGCGGAGGUGCGCCUGGUAAUAGUAAUUUCAAGAUCACCUACAAAAUUGAGCAAGUUGCUGCCGGUUCAUCAGGUACUGUUGCCACAAAGUCUAUUAAACUCGAUCAGCCAGUAAUAAAGUUGGAUUAUUCCAACCUGCAACUGCCGAUGACGAUGGCUGCCACUGACCCGCAACCGAAGCCUGUUGUCCGAUCGCAUCAGGUGCAACCAACAAUCAAGAUCGACCUUAGCAAUAUUACCAACUUUAGUUCCAAGGCGAUACAGCCAGGAAGUGCUGUGAGCAUCAAGCAAGUGCCUUCAACGCCCACUGCCAGCACACCCUCGACCCCUCUUUCUGCCCUGAGCAGUGCCUCUUCAACAGCUUCAUCGUCUACAGCGUCGAGUAGCAAGAACCCCUAUAUCUUUCAACAUUCUACAGCGGGUUGCUCCUCCGCCACACAGCAGGCUUCGUCCGUAUCAUCGACUUCUGCUCCAAAUUCCAGUGUAGCACCGCCGUAUUCCGCAGCGUUCUCUACGAUUCCUGGCAUGGAUGAAGACUAUGAUGAUAUUUAACUUUUCACAGUUCCGUGGUGUAGAGUAAGUAGGAGUUUUGCUAGUUAACUAGUUUAUUGAUCUUCUUUUUUGCCGAUUCUAAUGCAUUUAUACGAUAUGCAUCAGCCUUUUUUCUGUUCUCCAUUUUGCGGCUGAUCUGAGUCGCCAAAAUAUGUUAAAAUAUAAACUUUCCAGCAAACUACAUAACGAUCGAAAUUGCAAAACGUGUACAGAAACGCUGUUUCAUAAUUGCUACCUAAGUGUAAGUUGUUUGUUUUAACUUGUAAGCUUUAAUACAUGCUGAGAAGCAAGAACACGAGAGCUGUAUUAUAAUUUCUCAUUAUUUUAAAACAAUAAAAUUGUGUUUUAAGAUUGCACCUGUUUGUAGCGGAGUGCAUCAAUCUACACACAUUUCGUACCUAUACAGCUGUUGUUGUAGAGCCAGGGAUUUGCAGUAAUUAUGUUUCCGAUUGGUUACACACACACCCACACAGACACACGAACUUUUUGAGUCACAUUGUACAACAAUUCGAGCUGAUAUCGAUGAAUAAAUUUAUUUAGGUUU